AGAAAUAUCCUCCAGUGAGACACUGAGAAAUCACUACCUACCUGCCUACCCGGUCUCGAUCCUCCGUCAGUAAACUCAAAGAUGUCGUUCAGUGCGGUAGCCAACUAUCUGCUUAUUUUAUUAACUGUGGUUAAUGGAAUGCCACAAAGAGAUGAUACAUCACAAGAAAAAUCUGAAGCGCCUCCAUUUCUUCAAUUUACCAAUGGAGGAAUCCGAGUGAACUUUGCGGGAUAUCAUGCUGAAGCUGGACUCGGUGGUCUUUUGCGAGGUACGGGUGGUGGACUUCACGUGAGCGCGGGAACUCCAUGGGGUGCACACGCUGGCGCGGGAUUAGGCGGUCAAGUAGGAGAUAAUCUUGGCGGCGGUCUUUACGCUCGUGCUGGACUCGGUCGUGGAGGACCAGAAGCGGCAGCUGGCCUCGGUGGGAAACUGGAUGGCACUGGACGGUCAGCGAACCCGAUUUCAGGUGGCUUGUACGCAGGGGCAACGCCGGGUGGCGGACCAGGACCGGGGGUAUUUCUCGGCGGAGGUGUCGAUCAACCUAUUGGAGUAUACGAUGGGAUUAUAAGUGGCAGUGCGGCAGAGACAGCAACUGCCGCGCCAGCGAGUGCGGAUGCGGCUGCGAGCGUAACCGCUGCUAAGCCGAGCAAGGGCCGCACGAAUAUACAGAUCAUACCUUCGAGAGCGCAGAAGGAGAAAGAGAAAGAGAAGACAGCAGUUGCAGCUGACGCUACUCUUCGAGCCGAUGGGCCCGCAGGUGAAAAAAUCGGAUCGCUAAACAAGGAGAUGCGACGUGCAGUGCCAUACACAGUCAUGGCACCCGCAGCUGAUGGGGGUCUAGUCAAAUCGGUUUACAUUGGGGCAGCGCCAGCCGUGAAAACCGUCGUGGUUUCGACACCUACAGCUGCUGCACCCGCUCAAGACGCAGUCCAAGCCACCGCCAAUGCAACGGUUACUACUGUUGCCAAUAAUCCAAGCGUAAUCGUCCAGAAGCCCGUGUAUCCACGCUGGCACUUCAGAAAAAGAUUCUGGACCGGUCCUAGAAAAGCAAUUUACGUUGCUCCGGCGGUGACGGCUGAUACCGAAAGCUCUCCUUCGAACAUAGUCGCCGGACUUUUCGCUGUCAACGCAGUGGGAGACGGUGGCGCAGUCGCAGGCAAAACUGACGCCAGCGGAUCCCUAUUCGAUGAUAUAUUUAACAUUCCGAUUUCUACGUUGGCCGCUGUUAACCAGCUGCUGAGAAACAACAUUGGCUAAGGACUCACUGUAAUGCGCGUAUUACUUAUAAACUCAUACUUAAAAUACUAUAUAUAUGUAAAUAUAUAGCGGACGAUUACAUAAUAAUAAUACACACAGACGAAGUAGUCAAAGACUACGAGAUCCUUCGAAUAUAUUUAGCAAACUCAUUUGUUGCGUAUUCAGCUGCUUUUGGCAGAAGAUGUUUGUUUUACCUACUUACAAACGCUGUGCACACAUUAUCCAUCUUAUAAGUUCCCUGUACGUGAUUAGAUUAUUUCAACCAGCGAUAAUAUCCUGCAUAUACUACAGUAUUUCUUUGUGAAUUAUUUACAAGAAAAAUACAUAUGCUAAUAAAGUUUUUGUACAAAAAAAUUCAUUAAUUA